AUGACCAAGUGCUUUCUUCUUCUCUCCCGAUCUUCAGCAAUCAGGGCAGCUCUGUUAAUCCAGCGCUGGUACCGUCAGUAUGUUGCUCGGUUGGAGGUGAGACGCAGGUGCACUUGGAACAUCUUCCAGUCUAUUGAAUAUGCAGGAGAGCAAGACCAGAUCAAGCUCUACAAUUUUUUUGGCUUCUUGAUGGACCACUUCACCCCAGCCAGCAGUGAAAGAAACCUAAUAUCCCACAUCUUUCGUAAGAAUGAAAUUUGUCAUGACGCAGACUGGGAGAGAUAUUUUUGCUACAAGAGCGUUGAGGUCCCCGACAGCUACACCGGCCCCCAUCUGACCUUCCCCAUGACCUUCUGUGGGGUGUCGAAGCUGGUGGAGGCCUUCAAGCACAAACAGCAGCUUCAUGCUCGAUAUGUUCUGCAGCUUCUUGGAGAAACGUGGAGGCUUCUGAGAAUUCUCCCAAAUAUCAAUCAAAUCUCCGCAGGCCACGCCAAACACAUUACCAUAUGCGGAGAUUUACAUGGGCAGCUUGAAGAUCUGCUGCUGAUAUUCUAUAAGAAUGGUUUGCCGUCCUCUGAGAAGCCGUAUGUCUUCAACGGAGACUUUGUGGAUCGGGGUAAAAACUCUUUAGAGAUCCUACUCAUCCUGUUCGGGUUCCUGCUGGUCUAUCCCAACGAUGUCCUUCUGAACAGAGGGAACCACGAGGACCACAUUGUCAACCUGAGAUAUGGUUUCACCAAAGAAGUUUUGGGAAAAUAUAGGGUGCACGGAAAGAAGAUCCUAAAGCUUCUCCAGAAGAUUUUCAGCUGGCUGCCUCUGGCUACAGUGAUUGAUAACAAGGUGCUGAUUGUGCACGGAGGGAUCUCUGACACGACAGACCUCGACACGAUAGCCAGAGUGGACAGACACAAAGUAUGUGUCAGCAAAAUGAGUGUAUUUGGGGUGUUUCAAAUCCAGAAUUAUUGUCAUAUUCAUCAUGUCAUGUGUGUUCAUCUUUUUGAAUGUGCACAGUAUGUGUCGGCUCUCAGGCCUCCUAAAGUGACCCAUCAUGCAGUCAGCAGCAGUAAGACUCAGGCACUGAACAACAGGAACGAGGUUCCUGGUGGACCAGCCGAGGGCCGGCGUCGAGUGUGUUCUCUGACUUACCAGAGGCCGGCCACGGCUUACAGGCACGACUUUCCACGCCGCUCGCUCCACAGCACACCCGUGAGUAGCCAACUCAACUGGUCAGUGGAAGAGGAGCUGAAAAGGAGGCGCAGGCUGGCUGGGUUUGACCAGUCAUACAGAGAACUAAAGAUGUCUGACUCUGACUCCGAUCCGGACUCUGGAGAAACAACAGAGACAGAUGUGGAAGAGUGGAAACAAAUAGUGGACGUGCUGUGGAGUGACCCCAUGCCCCAAAAUGGCUGCAUUCCCAAUGAGGUGCGAGGCGGAGGCUGCUACUGGGGGCCAGACGUCACUGAGGAAGUGUUGGGGAGACACAACCUCCAGCUUCUCAUCCGCUCCCACGAGUGCAAACAAGACGGCUAUGAGUUCUGUCACAACCGCAGGGUGCUGACUAUAUUUUCAGCGUCAAACUAUUACGAGGUGGGCAGCAACAGAGGAGCCUAUAUCCGAAUGGGCCCCGAUCUGGUCCCCCACCUCAUUCAGUAUCAGGCCAGCAGGACAUGCAGAGAGCUCACCCUGAGACAAAGUGUCGGGUGGACAGAGAGAUCAGCUCUGCGAGCUCUCAGGGGACAACUGUUCGUACACAAGUCUGAUCUUAUCAGUGCCUUCCAGGAUUUUGAUCCAAACAACAAAGGGACGAUCUCUCUGAAGGACUGGGCCAGCGCCACAGAGAGAGUACUCAAUCUGGGUCUGCCCUGGAGGGUGCUGCGCCCUCAGCUCGUCAGCAGCACCCGGUGUGGCAUGGUGGACUACCAGCAGUGGAUCAGGGAGCUCUCCAUCACUGAGCCAAAACUAGAGAUCUCAGAUAACAGCAUCCUGGAGACUAUGUACAAAAACCACUCCAACCUGGAAACCAUCUUCCGCAUCAUAGACACAGAUCACUCAGGUUUGAUAUCUUUAGAGGAGUUUCGUCAAACUUGGAAACUCCUGAGCACUCAUCUUAAGACAGAGAUCAGUGACAAGGCCAUCACAGAGAUGGCCCAGAGCAUCGACUUCAACAAGGAUGGGAGCAUCGAUAUCAAUGAGUUUAUGGAGGCUUUCCGGCUGGUCGACCUCUCUGCACAUUCCUGAGGGCCUGGAGCAGGAGCUGUGGCUGAAACCUGCUGCAUAGAGAAGACACAGGACAGGUUGGAAUAGACUUGUUAACCUGGAGACAAAUCUGUGAAACCUGAAUGAGUAGUAUCUCAUCCACAUCCAUCAACCUAGAUCUUUUCUACCUCAGUUUAUUUGGGCUUGUUUGAUAUUUCUUUUUUUAAGUUUAUUUAAGGAGUUGGUGUAUGUUAGGGAUUUGUUUGUGUAACUUAAUGAUCAACUGGUUUAGGUGUGCAUAAAAAACAUCAAACUUAAUGUUGUCUUUGCCUUUCAUGUUGCCCCAAAAACAGUGUUUUGGACCAAAGUGAGAAAUGAAAGGAAACCCUGAUUUUAGACAUUAAUGUCCGUAGGGGAGUGUGAAUGCAUAUUUGAAAAAUGUUAAUACAGACUUCUGUGGCUUCAGAGGGAGCUGGGCAUUGUUUGAUAAAUGUCUGUAAGUGAUGUCUUUUGAGGCAUUGUUGGUCAGAGUUGAAGACUACAAGUUUCAAUAUAAAAAACAGAAUUACCACCUCGCUGUUUUAUGCUUCUGCAGUGAGUCAAGUUGCAGUUAUAGGUUAACUUUUAUAGCUGUGAAAACAUGGAUGCUUCACACACGUCUU